AUGUACAGGAGUGACAGUCCACUGGGGAGUUUUGCAGGAUCCAUCCAGUCCAAUGGCUACUCGGUCACAGAUGAGGUGUCGUCACAGGUGUCAUGUAUGUCGCGGCCCAACGCAAAGUCAAUAUACCUGCGAAGGAAGGAGUACGCCACCUCCAUGAACAAGACCAUCAAGUAUUUCCAUUACAGAGUGGAGCAUCUCCUCACAUGCGACCUGGAUGGCAAGGAGCUGCGAGGCCUCACCGACUGUGUGGAGAGGCUCAAUCUACUGGACAAGAUGGGCCGAGUGUGGGGCCAGAACAUGCUGCUGGAGGUCAACGGGCCCGACCUGCUGCUCACGGACAUGGAGACCAAGGAGGUUCUGGAGUCCAUUCAUCUGUGUGACAUUCUGGAGCUGAAGGCGGCAUUGGACACUUCGGCGUCCAACUCGCUCCUGACAGUGACAGUCAAACCCAGCAGGAAACACACCACGAGCAUCUUCCUGUUCCACUGCGAGGACGUCAGGGCUGAUUACGUCCAACGGGGUCUCUCACAAGCAUGUUUAAGUGCAGCACAUGAAAAAGCGACGACCCCAAGUCAAGUUGAACCUGAAGAGAAACCCCCCGAGUGGGCCCCUCCCGAUUACAACGAGGACACUGACCUGGUUGUAGCUCUGAAGGAUGUGGAUGACGAUGACGAUGACGAGGAGGAGGAGGCGAAAGCCCCCAACAAAGAAGAACCGUUCCAUCCUCCGGGACCUUACACAGAGCUGGACAGGAACGUGGACAUCUUAAAUCACAUCGUCGGUGACAUUGAGAUCUUCAUGGGAAAGCUGGCCGCUGCAGUGGCGAGAAGUGCCAAGAAAAAGAAGAAAAAGAAAAAAGGAAAAGUCAUGGCCGGGAUGCCGCCAACGCUGGAGUUUGCGGAGUGUCUUCAAAAGAUCAAAUACGGUUUCAACCUUCUGGUGCCGCUGAGGGGAGAGAUCGAUAACCCGGGUGUGUCCGAAUUUGUGCACUCCUUGUUCUCUGCGUUAGGAUUUGUGGUAUCUCAUUGCUCUGAAGACGUGCCCCCGAGCAUCGUGGCGCCCCUGCUGACUCCUCAGUGCAUCUGUCUCAUGAGCGAGGAGGUGUCCGCAGAGGAGGACCAGCUGUGGCAGUCUUUGGGAGACGCCUGGAAUAUCCCCAGCACCAAAUGGCCCGAGGAUGACGAGGACAUCCCAACAUACACUCUGGAGUUCUUUGACGGCUGGCAGCCUCCUGAGCUGAGGGAGGCCCCCGCAGCCGCCGCGGAGACCCCGGUGAGGGCGCUAGAGGUUCGACAGCCCCCGCCCAGCAAGACCACAACCAAGACCACGCCGGCACCUCGUGCUCCAGUAACACAACCUGCAAGGAUACCUGCAAUGUCAAGGCCGCAGGAGAGGAAGCUGCGUCGCAUGCGCGUCACGCACGACUUCAUCUCGAGGAACGACAGAGAGCUGAGUAUCAGGAAAGGCGAAGUCGUGGAGCUGCUGGACGUGACCAAGGAGUGGUGGAAAGUGAGGAACAGCAGAGGGGAAGAAGGUUUCGUCCCCAACAAUGUCCUCACUGUUGAAGAUGAAGAAGAAGCUGAUGACGCGAUCCUCUCUUUCCUUCCUCAGCCCACUGGAGGCUCUCCUGUCUUAAGCAAGAAGUCCAAACCAGCAGAGGUGAAAGCCUGGCUUGAACACAUGGGCUUCACAAAGAUCACGGUGCGCUGUCUGGGCGUGCUGAGCGGCUCCAUGCUCCUGAGCAUGACCCGAGAGGAACUGAAGACGGUGUGUCCAGAAGAAGGCGGGAGGGUCUUCUUCCAAUUACAAGCUGUCCGCUCCGCAGCCCUCGCUGUGAGCUGCAAACUGAGGCGGAGAGCGGUCAUGGAGAGAACAUCCCCAGAGGCUUAA